AUGUCGUCUUCCAAAUUUCAUUUUGCUAUUUUUCUUAUUGUCAUUUCUCUUAUUGUUAAUGUUCAAUCCGAUCGAAUUAUGGAUGAUUCAACUGUUUGUGAAUUUAAAGGACCAUGUCAAAAGAGAGAAGAUUGUAAGGAGAGUUGUGGAGUGAACAAACCACCUUUUAAAACAGCUUUGUGUGAAUCUUAUGGAAUUCAAGGUCAUGUAUGUUGUUGUAUCUAA